CAAUUAACGCGCUACUUUCUGUUUCCUUUUGUUAUUUUUUCCCCCCUUCUUGAGUGGCCUUUGUUAUAUAUAAAUAGUGUGAGUAAACUUACACAAUGGUGUGUGCUUCUCAUGUAGCUUUUCACUACUACAACUUCUCUAAGUAAAAAAGAACAAGUGACCAUUCAAAACAAAAAAAAUGGUGAGAGGACCAACAUUUGACGAGAAUGGAAUGAAAAAAGGAGCAUGGAGUGAGGAAGAAGAUAAUAAGCUGAGAACUUAUAUCCAGAGACAUGGAAUUUGGAACUGGCGACAGAUGCCUAAAUUUGCCGGUCUCAAACGAUGCGGGAAAAGUUGCAGAUUGAGAUGGAUGAAUUACCUGAAACCAGGCGUACGAAGGGGAAAUUACACCCGUGAAGAGGAGGAGCUCAUUCUGCGACUCCACCGGAAACAUGGCAACAAAUGGUCAGUCAUUGCAGAAAAUUUACCAGGAAGAACUGACAAUGAUAUCAAAAAUCACUGGAACGCUCAUCUGAGCCGGAAUGUACUCAUGGUGAAGCAAGAAUGUGAUAAACCAGCUGAUGAUCAGGAAACUUAUCAAAGAUCUCAGUAUAAUAAUUAUAAUAUGGCCGGUGAUAUAUCCUUAUAUCAUCCAAAGGGAGAAUCUUCUCCAAUAUCUACAUUGUCAUUUGAUGCUCAUGCACAUCAGAUAGAUCAGAUGGAGAUUAAGGGUUAUGAAGAAGACAGUACUGUUGCUUCUGUUAGUCCAACUUAUUAUACACAAGCCUCAUCGGUCAUCUAUAUCGCUCGAUUUGGUAUUAAAAUUUCAGAAUGGAGUUCUGCAGAUUUCAUGAGUUCAGUGAAACCAACAAUGCAACACCUUGAUGGCCAGAAUUCCCUCCUGACUAAUCAACCCGUUGUCACGCCGGAUUCAAUGCAAGCAAUCCCCGCGGAGAAGUUGGAGGAAGACAUUAUCGGCCCUUUUAACGCCCUUUAUAUUGAUGAAAUGAUCACUAACAAGGAGUACUGCUUGCCAGAGUUAAUGUGAUCAUAACGCCGCGAAAAUAUAUGCUUCACAAUUUUGCAACAUUAAGAUUUUCUGGUUUAUGAGAGUAUGUCUUCGGAUGUACUGCUUACUAGGCUAGUUUAGUUUUGUAGUGUUUAAGGUUUCCUCUAGGUGUAGUUUGUCAUCGUUAUGUUAUCUGUUUACCUAGCGCAUGCAUGUGAUAUAAAUAAGAUUGAAGCCAAGCGCAUCAUCACUGGAUUUUUGUUUUUAGUUUCCACUGUGAAGUUAAUUUUUUGUUUUUUAUCUCGAAUUUUAAAAAUUCGAAUUUUAUUCACCCA